AUGUCAGGCUGCAAAGGCAUCCUGCACCUCCUCCUCCUAGGAAUACUUCUGCCAACAGUAUUAGUCUCCGGCAAUGAUACUUUGACCUCCAGUGCUGGCUCCAUAUCAACCACCGGCACUCCAGUCCAAACAACCAACACCUUUGGAGCCACAGCAACCAUCAAUCUUACCCAGCCCCUCACCACCACUGGAAGCACUGCAACAGUUCCUUCCACCCAGCCCACCACCACCAACUCUGGAAGCAACCUCCCUGGACCCACAACAAACUCAGCCACCGUUGGGAUCGCCACCACCUUUGGAGGUACAGAAUUUACCACAACCACCCAGUCUUUCACAGCAUCCAUAACUAGCAUCCAGUCCCCCACAACCCCUAUCACCUCUGAAGGUACAGCAACUACCACCUCUGGAGCCAUAGCAACUACUACUCCCACCCAGUCCCCCACACCCACUACCACCUCAGGAGGCAUUGCACCCACCCAGUCAUCCACAUCCACCUCUGGAGAAACAGUAUUAACCACUACCACUCAGUCCCCAGCAACCACUACCACCUCUGGAAGCAUAGAAACCAGCCAGUCACCCACAACCAUCUCCGGAGACUUACCAAUAACCACUACCUCCCAGUCCCCCGCAUCCACUACCACCUCAGUAGACAUAGCACCCACCCAGUCACCCACAACCACCUCUGGAGGAUCAACAUCAACCACUACCACAUCUGGAGGCUCAUUAUUAAACCCUACCACCCAGUCCCCCACACCCACUACCACCUCAGGAGGUAUAGCACCCACCCAGUCACCCACAACCACCUCCGGAGGAUCAGCAUCAACCACUACCACCUCUGGAGGCUCAUUAUUAAACACCACCACCCAGUCCCCCACACCCACUACCACCUCAGGAGGCAUCGCACCCACCCAGUCACCCUCAACCACCUCCGGAGGAUCAGUAUCAACCACUACCACUCAGUCCCCGGCAACCACUACCACUUCUGGAGUAACCAUGAUGCAGUCCAGCACCGCCAAGGUCACAGGUGGGACUAGUUCAACUUUCUCAAUGACUUCAAACUCUUCCAUGACCUCACUGAUGUCCACCAGUCUUUCAUCAAACUUCAAUGGUAGCAUGAAUGGAACCGCUAUGAUACAAUGUCCCUCAUUCACAUGUAACUACUCAGACUGCUACACAAUGUACAACAGUCGGAAUGCCACUCGUUGUGCUGCUGGUGACUUUUGUCAGCUGAUUAGACAGAUGGACAUGUGCUACACUGUUAGCUGCAGCGCCUCCUGUGCUAAUAGUUGCGUCAACACCUCCCAGACCAACUGCUCUCUGAGUUGCUGCAAUUCGACUGGCUGCCUUAAUAGCAGUUUUGCUUCCAUGAUGAUGAUGAUGACAACCACAGUAAUUGCAACCACGAAAACAACACCCACCCCAGCCACUACAAUGACUGCCACCAGUCCGCAAACAACAGAAAACAAUGGAAAGAAAUGCCAUACAGGUGUAUGUGUCGGUACAGAUUGCUACACAAAAUUCCAAGAAGUCCAAAUUUGCUCCGCCUCACAGCCCCACUGUCAGCUGAAAAAGGAAACCAAAGAUUCCAGUUUCCAGUGGACAGCAGGUUGCACUAACUGUUCUGGCCAAACCCCAUGCAAGACCUCCACAGUACCUCCGUGUGUUCUGGAGUGCUGCAACGCCACCACUUCAGCUUCCUGUCUCAUGUUGAACGGCAUGCUGAAUGUCCCCAAUUUCGCCACAAGAGGUCCUCAUCUUCACAAAGAAUUGAUUGCUUCCUUAAUUUGCCUGCUCGCCAUCACUUGGCUGCAGUGAGUGACUGAGUAAGAGCGUGCUCAGCUGCUGUGCAGGCAAUUAUGUAAUCAGAGCUUUGUGUAAUUUGCAGUCCCUCCAUUACAAUGAGCUUAGCAGUACAGAGGAUAACACCACUUCGUUUAUUUCACUGAUAUUCAUUUGCGUUUGUAAUGUAUAUAUGUAUGGAAUUAUGUAAAGUCUAAAUUACAAUGAUGACUUUGUUUCUUGUUUAAUUAAAGUUUCCCAAUCACGUUUUAUCUCUGGUUCAAGACCAAUGAAAAAUGUCUUUGAACAGUAUUUCUAAAUGAAAAUCAACUUCAGUAAUCAAGAAAAACAGGCCACAAGCAGCUCAGUCUUCACAUUUCAGGUGUCAACUACCUUUAUAUUU